CCUCUUCCUCCUCCUUCAUCUCCCAGCCAGUCUCCUGAGAGCCGGACGCAGAGUUUAGUCUCUCAUCCUCUAAUUAACAGAGACUCUUGUGCCAUUUUUGCAACCUCUCCCCCUCAGCUUCCAAUGGGCCAGAGAGACUGAUCCAGCUGUUUGCGCUGCACACAUGGAUUGUUGCACCUUUGCUGCGGUUCUGGGAUGUUUACGCAUCGUCCUGCUCUGGGCUCUGCAACUAGGAGCGCUGGCGCAACACGCUCCGGAGUGUUACCCUGGAGGACAUCGGAUCUUACGCAGCCCCUACCGCAGCACCGACUUCGACUCCACAGAGAUCCAGAACACGGCCAUCCAGGACCUGAUCUGUGACCACUCACUGUUGGCCGCCUGGUACCGAUUCCGGAUCAACAACAAGCCGGCAGAGAUGCCAACCAGCUGCAUUGAGAUGAACCGCUGUGGUACCCAGGCUCCAAUCUGGCUGUCACUGAAGGACAACUCUCUGCCGCGACCCGGCCAAGUCCGCCAGCUCUCCGCCUGCGCCACAUGGCAGUUCUUCCAUGGCAGCGCCAAAGACUGCUGCCUUUUCCGCAUCCCCAUCACGGUGAGGAACUGCGGCGACUUCCUGGUCUACUACCUGCAGCCGACGCAGGGCUGCAUGGGAUACUGCGCUAAAGUUGCUCCAGAAUCGGGAUCCAGAGUCUGUUUGCCAGGAGAAGUGGAAGUUAACGGACAAUGCAAAGUUUUGGUUCCGUCUUUGCCUUCCCGGCCGGUGAUCACCCCAGAGCCCAUCGGACACAGCGUCCACCUCCGGUGCUCCUUCAUCCCGCCGCCCUGGAGCCAGACGCUGGGCUUCCAGGUGGUUUGGGCCCGACACAUCGGCCACAAGAUGAAGGCCGAGAUCAGGCAGGAGUCGACGCUGAAGCCCUUCUCCCUGGUGGAGAUGGACGGCGUCCACUUCAGGCUGGGAGAGACGUUCUCAUGUAGUGUGUCAAUUUUCAAAGUUAGUGCCAACAACACCAGAUCCUCUGCAAAGGAAAGUGAAAGUUUCUACGCAGGAUUAAAGUUUUCUCCAGACUCUCUUCACAUAGCAGAGAACAACAUGGAGCAUGAAGUGAGCGUCCACAGCACAGUCCCCAUUCCCUGCUUCAGCUCUAACCUUGGCCGCCAGUGUGGAGUCCCUCUGGCUCUGAGUGUCCACAAUCCAGAGAGCCUGAGGCAUGAGGUCCCCAAUGUGGUGUUGUCGGCCUGCCAGGUGGAAAUCCAGCCAGAAACCUGCAGGGACGGCACCUGUGGCAGCGCAACAUUUGUCCUCACCGCUGUGACGGAUUUCACACGCGACGGAAAUAGACUGAGCCUGGUCUCCGUUUUGCCUGGACCUGGUGCUCCGAGACUCUGGAGGAGCUAUAUCCCAACAUCUCUGAAGGUCAUGGUCCAAGACAUUCCCACCUCUAUGUGUUACUCUUUGACUGAUCCACAUGUCAUCACACUUGAUCGCAGGCGUUAUGAGAACCACCAGACUGGCACCUUUCUUCUGUACCGAAGUCUUGCCAGGAGGUUUCAGGUCCAUUCUCGCCAGUGGGACUGCGGCAGCAGACGCUACUCGGUUGCCUGCAAUUGUGGUGUUGCUGUGCAAGAGGGGAAUGACAUAGCAAUUGUUGACAUGUGCAAUGGCCAGCUUCAAGAAACCCGACCUCAACUUAUUGUAAAGAACAUUGGUGAGGAGGGGAGUCGGGUUAGGAUCCUGGAAUCCCAUCAGGGAAAGAAGGUCACCUUGAUGUUUCCCUCCGGGGCCUUCGUCAGGGCAGAUGUAAGCGACUGGGGGAUGAGCUUGUCUGUCCGAGCUCCAAGCAUCGACUUCAGCAACACUCAAGGAUUGUGUGGGACCUUUGACCACAACAGCAACAAUGACUUCCAUGGUUCCAAUGGAGGCUUUUAUGGUCCUGAUGACUUGGACCGCUUCAUUGAGGACUGGAGGAUAGCUCCUGGUGAGAGUUUAUUUGACAAUACACCGCCUCCGAUCGUGCAAAAGGCCAGGCGUCCUUUCUGUCAAUGCCACAAAGAGUAUACCCCAUCUCAACAAUAUAGCAGAGGGAUGGUUCAGAGUCCUUUAUCUCACUCUGACUGCUCUGCAUACGAUAAUGUGGAUUACACAUCUGUUUUUCCUUCCAUGGAUACAACAGUGGAAUACAUCAAGAGUCCCAAAAGAGAGGAAAGCUUCCUGGAAGUGUCUGCUUUGAGUAGUCAUCCUCUGGAAGGAAGGCACUUAUGGAUUAAUGGACAGAGAAAUCAACAUGGGGAUGAUUUUGAACUGGAUGGUGAGUUGCGAGAAGAUUUUCUGCUUUCACCAGACAGGCCAAAGAGACAGGCUUCCUUUGAUUUUCAGCCCAUCUUCGCUGCUCAGAGCCUGAGCCAAACAGAUUUGGAAAAUUUUGCCUACUUUUUUCCUGAAGAUCACCUGGCAGAAGCUAGACCAAAGGUUCAACCCCAGUGGCCCACACCAACUGGACUGACCUCAGCCAAAGCCCUGGAGGUUUGCCAGAUGGCCUUGGUCAACUCCACCGUUGGUGUCAUGUGUGGAGGUCUGCUGGGACGCCAUCUUGUUGAAGCAGUGGAUCUCUGUAUGAUGGACCUGCAGCUAAAGGAUGACCUGGGUUGGGAUGAAGCUCUACUGCCGUUUCUGGAAAAUGAAUGUGAGAAGCAGCUGCUGGACAACCGCACCCAGCGAGCCAUGGAGGUUCAUACUCCACCAGGUACUUCAGGGGAAGUGGUGAUGGCAUUGCGCUGCCCGAACUUGUGCAACGGAAAUGGAGAGUGUACCGAGUGGGGAUGCCAAUGUUAUCCAAGUUACAGCAACCAUGACUGCAGUCUUGCCAUCAGUCAGCCUAUUGAGAUAACCGAUUUGGAAAACGGUGGACUAUGUGACAUCCGAACCUUUGACUGUCGCGGUGUUCGAGUGUUUGGCCUCGGCUUCAUCGACUCUGCUGACCUGAGCUGCCUCACCACAAGACUAAAGUUCAUGAACAACGGUUGGGUUCCAGAGGAACAGCAGAGGACAAAGGCAACUUUUCUCAGCUCCAAGGCUUUAGACUGUGCCGUUCCAUCACUGAGCAGUGCAGCUAUCAGUACAGAGGACUUCAUGAUGGACGACAAGCCAUAUGCACGAUGGGACAUUAAGGUGACCAAUGAUGGAUUCCAGUACAGCCAGGCAAAGAUGCUGACGAUUUAUGACGGAGUUUGCCAGGUCUGUGAGGCAUCGCACUCUGGACUCUGUAAGUUAAAGGAGAAGACGUGUAACAUAGACGGGAUGUGUUUUGCAGCCGGAAGCGUCAACCCCAGCAGCCCCUGCCUCGUGUGUCAUCCUGACACCUCCAAAUUCACCUGGUCUGUAAACCAAGUAAACAAGCCUCCAUCUUUCCACCGGCCUCAGAGCAGCCUGCGGACAUUUGCCGGAGAGAAUUUCGUCUUCCAGUUUGCAGCGUCUGACCCAGAGGGCUCGGCGAUCCUGUUUCAGCUGGAGGACGGACCGGAGGGGGCUGCGCUGUCUCCUGCUGGCCUCCUCAUCUGGAGGGUCCCUUUGGUUCUCCUGAAGGAAGAAGUUCAUCAGUCCUUCAGUUUCACGCUCUCUGAUGAGUGCAACGCCCAGAGCACCUUCACGGCGCAGGUUGAUGUGGUGCCAUGCGGUUGCCUGAACGGAGGGACUUGCGUGACGGACGUCAGUUUUCCAGCUGGCAGUGGGAAGUACCUUUGUGUUUGUCCUGAGGGUAAACAGGGCAAAUUCUGUGGCGAAGACAUGGAUCAGUGUUUGUCGUCUCCAUGUUCAGCCGGUAGGUGCAUCCACACCGCCAGCGGCUACAGAUGUGAAUGUCCUGCUGGACUGAGAGGUUUAACAUGCCUGGAGGACAUCAAUGAGUGUGAGAGGAAUCCAUGCUUUCCUGGAGUCCAGUGCAUCAACAGCAUCGGCUCCUUUAGCUGUGGUCCAUGCCCCAAAGGCAUGCUGGGAAAUGGAACGACUUGUACAGGAACUACAAAGGCCCAACAUGAGUUGAACAUUUUCCCUGGAUCCUUGUCUUUUGCAGCUGCCUUUAGGCCGGAUGCCAUCAUCCCAACACCUUUUCCUCUUACAACUGUUUACAAGAUACCAGAUGUUCUGCUGCGAGUCCCAACAAAGACGGACUCGCUCCACAGAGCCUCUACCUCUUUGAACCCAGAGGUGGGCAAAGAGAGAGAGACUGGGGCCAAAGCAGAGUCCACCUCUUUGAGGAAUAUCCCAGGAAUUACCCCCAACUUAAAGGUCAGGACGGCGGAAACCAACAAGAGUGUGGCAGCAAAUGCUUCCCAAAACAUAGGUGGCCAACCAAGAAGACCUCAAACAGGUCCUUCGGUUUCAUCCAAAACCAUCAGCAACACUUUUGAGGACAACUUAGAGAGUACAGCCAAGCAAGAGAUGCUGGACCAGUCAACAGUCAGGAAUGAAGUCGGGAAUACUUCCACUAAAACAUCAGAAUCAGGUCCGGUUCGGUCUCCAGCUGUCCUCGUCUCAGCAACAUGUGCCAGCAGGCCGUGCUUCCCUGGGGUCCAAUGCAUCAACCGCAGGCCUCCGCACGUUGGCUACGUCUGCGGUCGCUGCCCCCCUGGACUUCACGGCAAUGGUCGCAUCUGCAUGAAGACCCCCAAGGAAGGAUCCAAUGUCCUCCCUGAGAAGCAGAUGUUUGGUAAAUCCAGCCGAUAUUUGCAUGUAAGCAAAGCCAAACCUUUCCAACUUCACAUCCACCUGCCAAGCUUCCCAUCCAGGCAAUCUGUCAGGCGUCCACUUUUAUCAGUGGCCACACAAGACAAUCCACCACGUCAGCAUUUAUCAUCACAGAGAGGCGGUGGAACAGGGAGAAGGGAAGCUGUGUCCUCUUCCUCCAGGGACACUCCAAGGACAUCGUCCAAUGCGUUAUUCAAUCCACACUCCACUCACGAGAUUGCCAUCUCCAGAUCUGUCACCAGGACAUUCACCAGGUCAAGAACUGGAACCUUUAGCGAGUCGGGUCCCAAGAUAACCCAGAAGUCUGAGCGAGCCACAGCCCUUAAAGUGACGCCACCACAGGGAGUUCAGCCACAGCUCAAGUCCUGGACGCCUCCAAAGCCUGCACUGCCUCUCACCGCCGCCCUCACAGCUCUGUCCUACACUCUGUCCGAAUCAGAGUUCUCCGCAGAUGGAGACGAAUUUGAUCCACUCCCCGAGAGUCCACAAGCACCCCCAGCACCAACUCCUACACCUCUUGUCCAGGCAGUCUCCAUCUUCACACCACAUAAACCUACGUCCAAUCAUCUCAAAAUAUGGAGCGACAUAACAGCCAACAGUCAUGUGACAGCCUGCUCCAGUAAGCCUUGCUUUCCUGGGGUCCAGUGUGAGCCGGCGGUGGGCGGGGGCUUCCGCUGUGGGACGUGUCCUGCAGGAUACAUCGGAGAUGGACACGCAUGUCGGGCUGUUUGCAGGCACACAUGUGGCAGAAACAUGGAGUGUGCCGCACCCAACACAUGCCGCUGCAAACCAGGCUAUACAGGCUCAAACUGCCAGACAGCGAUUUGUGACCCGGAGUGUGUGAACGGCGGGGUUUGCAUUGCUCCAGGUGUGUGUGAGUGUCCCGGAGGUUUCCAUGGAGAGAUUUGUGAAGCAGCUCUGUGCAGGUUUCCAUGUGAAAACGGAGGCAGCUGUGUGGGACUGCAGACUUGUUCCUGUCCGUAUGGGUUCGUUGGUCCCCGAUGUGAAACCAUGGUCUGCAGCCGUCACUGCCACAACGGAGGCCAGUGUGUGUCCCCAGACGAGUGUAGGUGUCCUCCAGAGUGGACCGGACCGUCCUGUGAGACAGCUCUAUGUUCACCAGUCUGUCUGAACGGAGGAGCGUGUUCUCGGCCCAACGCCUGCGAGUGUCCCCGCGGUUUCUACGGAGCGCAGUGUCAGAACGCCGUCUGCAGUCCGCCCUGUAAAAAUGGCGGCAUGUGCAGGAGGAACAACCUCUGCUCCUGCCUUCAGGGAUUCUCCGGGGAACGCUGCGAGAAAAGUGUGUGUGACCCUGUGUGCAUGAACGGCGGCAGGUGCGUCGGCCCAGACGUGUGCGACUGUCCGUCCGGCUGGCGAGGGAAGAGAUGCGACAAACCCAGCUGCCUGCAGGCGUGUCUGAACGGAGGGGAGUGUGUCGGUCCCAACGCCUGCCACUGUCCGCCGGGCUGGCAGGGAUUUCUCUGUCAGAUCCCUCGCUGUGAGACGCCAUGUUUGUUCGGCAGCCGCUGCGUUCGGCCAAACGUCUGCGCCUGCAGGGCCGGGUUCGCCGGGGCUCGGUGUUCACAGAGGCUCCCCGUCUCUCGCGGCUGAAGAUCAGCGGAUUAUUGAUCCAAACUCUCUGACUACUGUAGAAACCAGCCAUGUUCAGGUUCCUCGCCUAUAAUCUGACUUUCUCUAUCAGUAUUUAUUUAUUUGGAUGUUUUAUAUUGUCACAUAUCCUCGAUGUAUAUAUCUUAAUCACUUUGUAAUCUGCUGCUUCCCAUCAAAUCUUUGUUUACUGGAUGUUUUGUAGGAGAAUAAAAAAGUGUUUUAUUGGGAUUUCUGAUUGGAUCGGUCUAUUUCCUGGAAUUUGAACUAUUUGAACUUUCAAAUCGGUUAAAAUAUCCAAUGAUAUGCUUAAAAAAUACUCCAUGUUUCAAGGAGUAAAUUAUUCUGACUAACUUAUUCUAGAUUAUUUGAACUAAAGCAAAAGCGGACUGUGGAUUAGGGUAACUUUUCAAAAUAAAACUCAUGCAUUCUCUUUAAAAUGAAAGUGUUAAUUUGUGGAUCUGAUCCAAAACAUGAUUGUGUUCCUGAUGAAUGAAGCUCAGCAUAAGCUGAGAUACUUUUCACAAUAAAAGUCUUUGUUUUUUCAUGGUUUAAUUGUUA